GUGCGGACAUUUGUUUUCUACCGCCUGAUUGGUCAGUUUAGCUGCACGUUAAUAGCAAACCAAUCAAAAUAUCUGUUAGAAAUGUAAAGAAGCGGGCCGUUCGUGAUCAAAUAAACACCAAGUAAGGAAACUAAGGAUUAGAGGUGUGAAAAGGUUUCUAUGAAACCGUGUGCUCUUUGAAAAAUGUCGCGCUUCAAAAGGUGGCAAUCUUUGGUGUUGGACUUAAACUCCCUCAGAUAGCAGUUGUCGAUAACGAUGCUGUUAUUAGCAGAAGCUGGGCGCACUUUGAACAAAGAUUUGACGAGCCUCUUUCGGCACAACCUGCAAACUCCGCACGUUCUCGACCGGCUGGUUCACGAGCUUCACAGUGACAAAGAGCUAUGCAGUUACUUGUUUUUAAAUCAUCCUGGCUCAGAGGACAUGCUGUGGGGGCUUAUGAACCUCUUGAUGGAAGAUUCACGAACUGCUGGUAAUGCAUCAUAUGUGAUUGGAACUCUGGCUGAGACAGACCUAGGUAAAAGACGAAUUGUUCAGAUAUGCACAGACAAAGGUGACCAGGCCAAGAAAAGUAGAGGGAUGAAUGCAGCAUUUGCUAUUGGGAGACUGUGUGACUUUGAAGCUGGAUGCAAAAGAAUGUUAAUCAACUCUCUCAUUGACAUGCUGCACUCUGCUGACUCUGGAUGUUGCAAGAAUGCUUGCUUUGCAUUAAGCUGCAUAGCAUCCUUAGCUCAAGGACAUCAGCGCCUGCUGAAUCAUGAGAAGAUUAAUAGCAUUGUUGACAUUCUUUGCUCUCUCCUGGCUGCAACUGAUGAAGAAAGCAUCUGGUUUGCAUCAAUGAUGUUGCAUACCUUUGCCAGUCAAAAAAGUGGCUGUUUGUAUCUCAGGACUCAGCCCAAUGUGAGGGAAUCCUUAGAGGCUCUCUUAGAGAGGCCAAGUCUGAAAGAGGAUACUAAGGAGGAAGUGGAAGCAACUCUGGCCAUUUUAGAAAAACUUCCCCGACCUAAACCACCGAACAUUAAAGUGGAGAGUGCCUACAGUAUUAUUGUGAGCUGGGAUCCUAUUCAUCCAAAAAGUGGUCUUGAUGUCACAUACCUUCUUUUCCAAGAUGAGAAAUUGGUUUACUCUGGUCCAAGAACAAGUUACAUAGCCAAUGACCUAACACCAAACACAAAGUACAGCUUCUAUUUACAAGCCUCAACAGAAGGAGAUGACAGUCCUCUAAGCAAGAAUGUGUCUGUUGUUACUCCUGAAUCAGUUCCAAGUGCACCUCAGUCUCUCCAAGUGUUAAACAAAUCUACAUCACAGAUAAAAAUAAUGUGGGAACCACCAGAAACUUCCAAUGGGGUACUUAAGGGAUAUCAAAUUGUUGUGAGAGGUAAGACGUCCAGUCUUGAAGUCCAUGAGAAUUACUUCAUUUUAUCCAGUUUGCCUCCUGACACUGAAUUUACAUUCCAGGUGUUUGCUCUGACAAGCAAGGGACGAGGAGAAGCAGCCAUUCUAACAACAGCUACUGAUGAUCUAGCAUCACAUGCUCCACCCAAGCCAGUGGUUCAGGUGCUGGGUCGUCAUGAACUGAUGAUAUCUUGGGAGAGUCCUCCCAAACCACUUGGAAGGAUUAACAGCUAUGAAGUCAGAGUAGAUGAUGUGGCAAUUUACAAUGGAGUUGAAAAGAGCUGUACUGCCAAGUCUCUCAAACCCAAUACAGAAUACUCAAUCACAGUCAGUGCAUGGUGCAGUGAGGGUAGGUGUGAAAGUGUCCCAACCAAGAAGAGGACAGGAAGAGAAGUAUACAACCCUUUGUGUACAGCGAAGGGCUCCACAAGGCCAAGAAAUGCACGUACAUCCACAAAGACAACUGCUUCAGCUGCUGCUAAAGCUUCUACCAGUAAAACAAAAGCUAAAGCUCCUACCAGAAAGCCUUUGUAUCCAUUUGAAAAGAAAACUGUACCAGUUAAGCAAGAAAAGGUACUAAGAAGAGCAAGGACUGCCGAAGUGCUGAGAGUUCCAACAGGAGAUAGUACACUAACAGCGGACAGUAGGGAGGCAAAACUCAAGAGGAACGGGAUAUUAACUGAGAAGAAGACUCGUCCUCAUACAACCAUAGGAAGGGAAGAUGUGUUGAACAGCUCCCAGCAAUCUAUCAAGAAACCCACUGGGCGUAAAACAACCAAGCCUCAGUCGCCUAGUCUGUCGCAGUCACUCGAGUCCUUGGGGAAGGAUAGUGACGAUUCAAAGAGUACAAGCCAUUCAUUAAGUGGCUCCAGCUCAGCUUCAUCAGCCAGUUGUGAAGUGAAGGACAGGAGAGCUGUGAGUGAUGCUGCUCAAAUAGAAAUUGGAAAAAAACUGACUAAACGUAAUUCUCAGCUUGGAGGCUCGGCAUCCUCGUUAACAAAAGAAAGGGCUGGAAAAGGUCAGUGCUGGCCUUAUACUUUGAAAGGGGAGGCAGGUCCAAUAAUGAUGAGAAGGUCAAGUCUUCCGGGGAGCGGAGGGGUAUCUGGUAAAAGAUCCUCUUCUAGAUCCACUACAGUUAAAACACCACAAAUAACAAUUGGAGAAGAUUCUCCUUCGGCUUCUAAGGACAGACAAAGUGGGUCAUCCUCUGCUCUAAGAAUCACUAAAAUCGCAGGGGAGGUUGCUUCUCUUCAGAUCUCUGAAGGAAAUGAUGCGUAAGUGUUUUAAAUGGAGGCUGUGCAAUAUUGCAAUGAGUAUAAUUUUGUGGUCUACUGAUCAGAACGUACAAAGGUUGGGUAUUUUCUUGUAACUUUGUCUCAGAUUUUGCUUUUCUUUUUGGGGGAAGGUGAAGUCGUGUCAAUCAUUGUAACUGAGUGUCACUGUUUUCCAUGUACUUUAUUUUAGGAAACCCCCCCGACCACAGAAGAAGACUCAGUUUGCCUCAUCGUUUAAUGAACUGAAACAGGUGCACAGAGGAACCAGGACAAACAGUUCAAGAAGCAGCUCCUCUGAAGGCAGACAUGGGGAAGAACAAUAGAUGGAUGGAGAUGGAACAAAGAAUCUUUAAACCAUAUGCUCAACCCCGGGGAGGGACAAGAGGAUAGGCACGGGUGG